AUUCGUUUAAAUGGUAUCAUUUGAUUAUUAUUAUUUACACAACCCGAGGCUGUAUUUUGAAAUCCAUAUAUUUUAAGUAAUGUCAAACACGAGUUUAAAGUGAAAAUGGAGCUACCAAUUGUAGAUUUUUGAAUUAAUAAAAACUGCCAGAAUGUUAAGCAAAACUAAAUAUGAUUAUAACAUAUCUUCAAAACUAUCUCAAGUUAUGGACGAUAUUGGUGUUAACAAGAAAUUGGUGAUGAAAAGAAGACAGACAUUUAUGCUGAAUGAGACUAUGCAAACAUUAAUAGACGGCUUAAUGGGAAACGAUGUCAACACAUAUUUUCUAGGAAGUCAAAGUGAAGGGUCUGUUACAAAAGGACUUCAAUCUGAUUGUGAUAUACUGAGUUGCGAUAAUGCGUAUAAUGUGAUACAGGAUAUUGAUGACUUCAAAAAUGGCAAACGCAACUAUCUUAUAGUCACAGAUGAUAACACAACUAAAGGAUACUGUUAUCUCCAGCCAAUCGAAUUCAGUCAAGCAAAGACUCGUGAAGGUAAUGAUUUAAAAUAUACAAAGAAUUUUGUUUUGAAAAAUACUGAACACCACGGUGCUUUAAAUAUGAAAUCUUUUCAAGGAUCAGUAAUACAUGGACCCGCAGUAAGCUCACAAGGAGGAUAUAGAAUGGAUGCUAUGGAUGUUGUUACUGCUUAUCCUUGUUUCUCAUGGCCAGAUUUAGCAUGGGAUUGGUUUGACCGACAAGGAUUGGGUAGAUGGCCAACACAAGAAAUGAAAAAAGAAUGUGUAAGGAAUGGAUUUUUCUUAGUUCCGGUUGGAAGUAAGAUCAGCAUAGAUCCGGAAAUUGAGUGGAGAAUAUCAACUUCAAUUGCAGAGAGAUGUUUAAUGUUUAGUUUGAACAUUACCCAAUUACGCUGUUACGUUUUAUUGAAAAUGAUUGCAAAAACAUAUUUCUCUUCUAAUGGGGACUCUAAAAUUUCAAGUUAUAUGUGCAAAACAACAUUGUUUCAUUGCAUAGAAAGUUCAGAGCCCGGAAUGUGGAGAGAAGAUAAUUUAUACAUAUGUGUGUUUGUCUGUCUGCUACAAUUACGGUUCUUUUUAUUAAGCCAGAAAUGCCCGCAUUUCAUUAUUAAUGAAAAUAAUUUGAUGGCAGGUCAGUUCACGGGCAAGGAACAACGUGACCUGAUUAGCACACUUAAUAAUCUAGCACAUACAUACGGACUUGGAUUAUUCGGUAUUCAAAUUGACAAUCUAGGUAAAAGAUUAAAACUGAAAAUGAUUUCUAAAAUAAUUGGUUCUAGCUUACAGUCUCAAAAAGAAAUCAGUGAGUAUAUAUGCUCAAACCUAAAUAUUUCGUUCUUUUCUAAUGUUUCACAAAGUUAUAAAGUUUUGUCAAUGGAAAACAAAGAAACGUUAACAACAUAUAUCCAAAAAUUGAACAAGGUUAGUGAAAAGGGUAGCAAAUUAGAGAAGAAAGCGUGCAAGUUUCUCUUACCCGAGAUUUACGCAACAUUAGGAUCCAUGUUGGCCUCAUCCAAUAUUGGACAAUUUAUCCCUGUCUCACAUGUGGAAUUAACUUAUUUUAAACAAUAUACAGGCAGUAGUGUUUCUACAACACUUAAACUAGCUUCUAUAUAUUAUUGUUCAGGGAAUAUAGAAGAAUGUGGAGACAUUCUAAGGCAUAUUGAAAGUGAUGUGGGAUUUAAGAGAACAGCUCUUAUAAACCCCGUCUGUGGAUGCUAUCCUCAUCCACUGGAAGCACCAGAAGAAUUCGUGACAUUAUGUUAUAAAGAUGUUACUGAAAUCCAGCCAUGUAUAGGGUAUUGUGUACGUUUCCAUAAGAUUGAAUUUAACUGUAUUCCCCAAGAACUGCAAUAUGAAAUGUUCAGAUCUAGUAAAGAUGAUAGGCAGCAUAGGGAUGAGAGAGAUGAAAUGUGGAUGGACUUAUCUGUGGUUGAUUUUGUCCCUUUCUUAUACUUUCUGCAAUACAAAGUAAAUAGACAUCAGCAGAAAACAAUAGAAAAAUGCCUAGCUUUGGCUAAACUUAUAGAUACUUGCACAAGGGACACAACACUUUGUCACAAAGAAACAGCUCUAAACUUACUUGGACAAUGUUAUGAAGAUCAACUUGAGCAUCAAAAAGCUUUAAAAUAUUAUGUGUCCUCACUUCAAGUAAGAAAAAGGAACAAUGUUGCAGUAUGGCAUAUAUGCAAACUACUCGCCAGAAUAAUGCAAACGAAAUGAUAUUUUAAUGAUUACAUUUGCUGAUCUAAGACUUACUGUUAAUGAGCUAUAGUGUAUAUCAGUGAUAUCUAGAUGUUAUAGUUUUAACAACAAAAAAAACCAAGUACAAUUAGUCAUGAAUUUCCAUCUACUCAUCAGAUCAGUGAUUAACAAGAUAUACAUGAAGUUAUAUUCUUUCUCUAGUUUUCUACAGUAUAAAGCUCACAUGGAAAAUGUGAGACUCAUUUCAUAUACAUGUAAUGAUUGGUAGAACAUAAAUAUAUGCAAAGUACGCAGAUGAUUUAGAUAAUUAUUUUAUAAUUUUUUACUCAUGUGAAGAAAACUUUUAUUAUGUAAGCUUUAUUUGAAAAAAAGUAUUAAUCAGCUUAUAAAUAUGGAAAAUCAAAAUUGCAAGAUAAUUAUAUCUUAUAAUACAUGAACUAGUAUAUAUCUGUUUUGAAAGUUACUAUCGGCUAGUCACAUCCGCAAUAGCACAGUCGGUUAAGUAAAAGUCUAAUGAAUGAGAAGUAUGUGGUUCCAUACCUACUGUUAUCAUUAUUUUAGCAGUAUAAUUUAAUAGAAAUGGCCAAGUUCUUGCAAAUUUGUUUAUACGGAUAUGAUGCAACUUAGAAACACUGUAUUGUCUCGUUUUGUAUUCAAUUAAAUUCAAAAUCCUUAUUGCUGUUAACAUGAAAAAAUGCUUUUAGCAUCAACACAUGAAUAGAGAAAGUACAAUAUCAGUUAAUAAAGAAAUAACGACCAUACAUUAUUUAUUAUUAGAUUCAGGUUAAAACAGGUAAAAGACUUAAGAUUCGAAUUUUUUCU